AGGGUCUCGCGUUGGAACUGGAAUACUCCACAAAUGGUCUGAAAGGAGAAGACAUCUUAAAAAUUGGAAGUCUGUCUCUGUGCACGUGUGUGUUGGGAUGAAGCACCUGUGGGACGGCCACUUCCUGCUGCUCAUCCUGCUCCACCUGCUCGGAGCCGUCACCUCGCAGGUCAACCCAGGUGUGUGUCGGUAUCCUCUGGGCAUGUCGGGGGGGCAGAUACAGGACGAGGACAUCUCCGCCUCCAGCCAGUGGUCCGAAUCCACCGCCGCUAGAUACGGCAGGUUGGACUUCGAGGAGGGCGACGGCGCCUGGUGCCCGGAGAUAACGGUGGAGCCGGACAGCCUGAAGGAGUUCCUCCAGAUCGACCUGCGCUCGCUCCACUUCAUCACCCUGGUGGGCACCCAGGGGCGUCACGCGGGGGGCAUCGGCAACGAGUUCUCCCAGAUGUACAAGAUCAAGUACAGCCGCGACGGCAGCCGCUGGAUCUCGUGGCGGAACCGGCAGGGCAAGCAGGUGAUCGAGGGAAACAGGAACGCCUACGACAUCGUACUGAAGGACCUGGAGCCGCCCAUCAUCGCCCGCUACGUCCGCUUCAUGCCCGUCACGGACCACUCCAUGAACGUCUGCAUGAGGGUGGAGCUCUACGGCUGUGAAUGGCUGGACGGUCUGGUGUCGUACAACGCUCCAGUCGGAGAGCAGAUGCCGGCUUUACCCGCUUACUUCAACGACUCUGUCUACGACGGCGCCGUCAUCCACAGCAUGACGGAGGGCUUGGGCCAGCUGACGGACGGCGUGUGCGGCCUGGACGACUUCACGCACAGCCACGUGUACAACGUGUGGCCCGGGUACGACUACGUGGGCUGGACCAACGAGAGCUUCCCCAGCGGAUACGUGGAGAUCAUGUUCGAGUUCGACCGCACGCGCAACUUCACCACCAUGAAGGUGCACUGCAACAACAUGCACUCGCGGCGCGCCAGGGCCUUCCGCCAGGUGGUGUGUUACUUCCGGUCCGAGGCGGACUGGGAGGCGGCGCCGCUGAUCGCCUUCAGCCCCGCGGAGGAGGACGAGGAGGGUCCUCCGGGCGCGCGCUUCGUCACCGUCAACCUGGCCAAUCACAUGGCGAGCGCCAUCAAGUGCCAGUUCCACUUCGCCGACGCCUGGAUGCUGUUCAGCGAGGUCACCUUCCAGUCAGAUACAGCCAUGUACAACACCACCCUGACUCCACCCAAGACGGGCCUACCCCCUAACAUACAACCAGAGGACGACCCCACCCACAAAAUAGACGACAGCAACACCCGGAUCCUGAUCGGCUGUUUGGUGGCCAUCAUCUUCAUCCUCGUGGUCAUCAUCGUCAUCAUCCUGUGGCGGCAGGUGUGGCAGAAGAUGCUGGAGAAGGCCUCUCGCCGGAUGCUGGACGAUGAACUAACUGCCAGUUUGUCAAUACAGAGUGAGACGUUCGCUUACAACCAGUCGAGCACAAUCAGCGAGCAGGAGUCUAAUUCCACCUACGAGCGCAUCUUCCCCCUCGGCCCCGACUACCAGGAGCCGUCGCGCAUCAUAUGUAAGCUGCCGGAGUUUGCUCAGAGCUCGGAGGAGCCCGCUUCCAAAUCCACCAGCGCGGCGACCGCCGCCGCCGCCGCCGCCGGCGUGGCCGCCGCCGCCGCCGUCCAAGACGGCGCCCCUCACUACGCCGAGGCGCACAUCGUGAACCUGCAGGGCGUGACCGGAAGCAACACGUACGCCAUCCCCGCGCUCGCCAUGGACCUGCUGUCGGGGAAGGACGUCGCCGUGGAGGAGUUCCCGCGCAAGAUGCUCACGUUCAAGGAGAAGCUGGGAGAGGGCCAGUUCGGAGAGGUGCACCUGUGCGAGGCGAAGGGAAUGCAUGAGUUCAUGAAUAAGGAGUUUUUAUUCGACAUCCCAGAGGACCAGCCGGUUCUCGUGGCCGUGAAGAUGCUGCGAUCGGACGCCGACAAAAAUGCGAGGAACGACUUCCUGAAGGAGAUAAAGAUCAUGUCGCGUCUGAAGGACCCGAACAUCAUCCGCCUGCUGGCCGUGUGCAUUCACAGCGACCCGCUGUGCAUGAUCACGGAGUACAUGGAGAACGGCGACCUCAACCAGUUCCUGUCCCGCCACGAGCCCGAGGGGCAGCUGGCCCGGCUCAGCGACGCGCCGACCGUCAGCUUCAGCAGUCUGUGCUACAUGGCGGCGCAGAUCGCCUCGGGGAUGAAGUACCUCUCCUCCCUGAACUUUGUCCAUCGGGACUUGGCCACGCGGAACUGCCUGGUGGGCAAGAACUACACGAUAAAGAUCGCCGACUUCGGCAUGAGCAGAAACCUGUACAGCGGCGACUACUACCGCAUCCAGGGCCGGGCGGUGCUGCCCAUACGCUGGAUGUCGUGGGAGAGCAUCCUGCUGGGUAAGUUCACCACGGCCAGCGACGCGUGGGCCUUCGGGGUCACCCUGUGGGAGAUACUCAACUUCUGCAAGGAGCAGCCCUACUCCCAGCUCACCGACGAGCAGGUGAUCGAAAACACCGGGGAGUUCUUCAGGGACCAGAAAAGACAGAUCUACCUGCCUCAGCCGGUGCUGUGUCCACACUCGCUCUACAAGAUCAUGCUGAGCUGCUGGAGGAGGAACACGAAGGAGCGGCCCUCCUUCCAGGAAAUACACCGAGCCCUCCUGGAGAGGCAGCCGUAAAUAAGACAGUGAUUCCCAGACUGCUCAUCUAUGGAAUAAAGACCAGGAUUCAGAUCCAGGUGCAUCUUGUUCCAGGACAGAGGAAACAGGAAGUGGGCUCCGAGAUGCGAUUUUUGGAGAUUGGUUGAUUCACGCUCUGCAGAGAUGGACAAAACCAGAGACUUUUGGUGUGUGUGUGUGUGUGUCAGUUUGAGCUCCAUCGGAUGUUUUAUAGACAUACAGGUAUUAUUACAACAACAGUAUCGAUUCUGUGUUAUACACCAACCCCCGAUGGUUUGGUCGUGACGUGUUCAAAGAGUAAAUGUAGCAUUCAAGUGACAUUCGGCACUUUUUAAAAUGUAUGUUUUCUUUCUUUUUUUUUACAAUUUUCAAAGAGUUAAAAUUUCCCGGGUUACAAAGUUUGAUAUUCAUUGCUGAAGAACGUUCUUGUGUUUUCUUUUGGAGAACGUAGCGGGGGAAACGUUCCGGUUGCAUCUCUUUUCUUUUCAAGUAUUUCAUCUCAGACCAACUCCACACAUUUAGAACAAAUGGAAGUAUCGGUGACACUUUCUAUGACGUCCACAUAGCAAAAUAAAUAUAUUUAUAAUGUGUUAUAAUCUGCUUAUAACACUGUAAAGUCAUAGUUAUAAGCACUCAUGCAUAUGCAUGCUUUAUAACAAUAAUAAUACACAUUAUAAAGCAUUAUUUAAUGACUUGUAAGGUCAUGAGUUAUAAUAAGUCCUGUUUGCUUGUCAAGGAUUAUAAUGUAUUAUAUUUUAUUUUUAAGUUGUAAUAUAUUAUAAUAUUGUUUGAAUCCAUUACUUUAAGUGUUCAUUGUUAACUUUAAAGGGAAGAAAAUAAUCAUUUAACCUUCAAGAACAACACUAAAUAUCGUAAAAUUAUUUAUUACUUUAAAGAAAGAAAACAAUGACCAGUUUUAUUAAUUAAUAUUCACGAUAAUGCAUUAUAAAAAAUAUAUUAUAGUGUAUUAGAUGGAAAAUAUAAUACACUAUGACCCUUACAUGGCUGGAAAUUAUAAAUAAUUAUGAUACUGGACCUUAUAAAUAGUUAUAUACUGCUGUAUAAUGAUUUAUGAUUUAUGUUAUAAAUCAUUAUGAAUGAGUGCUUGUAAUUAUAUAGUACAAUAAGCAGAUAAUAAUGCAUGAUAAGUAUCUUUAUAAUGCAUUAUAGAUCUAUAAAGUGUGACUUAAAUAUUAAGAAGCUCCGUCGUUGAACACAAAGUGUAUUUCCAAUAGAAACGUCUAAAUCUCAAACGUCAAUAUUUUGUAUUAAUAUUUAUAAGUUCAUACGUGGUUGUUCCGUUUAUGUUUUUGUUGAUAUAUUUGUGGAGUAACAUUCUUUUUAAGUUGACGUUUAUCAUAUUUGUUGUCAUUGACCUCAGCAUCGUUGGGAAGAUGUUGUUGUUGAACAUAAAUGGGAAUAUUCAGCCUAAUUCAUAUUCAGAUACGUUUGUAUUAGCUGACGAAAGCUAACACAGCUAAUGACUCAAGUCCAGGUUUAUAUAUUUUUUUAUUUUAUUGCCGUGUGCUGGAUUCUCUCCUCUUCUCCUCAGCACAUGUGUGUGUGUGUGUGUGUGUGUGUGUGUGUGUGUGUGUGUGUGUGUGUGUGUGUGUGUGUGUGUGUGUGUGUGUGUGUGUGUGUGUGUGUGUGUGUGUGUGUGUGUGUGUGUGUGUGUGUGUGUGUGUGUGUGUGUAACUCGUAGCUUGAACUUCAUCCUGCAUACCACUGUCCUCCUGCCACUGCAGCUGUAUUUACAGGCUCUUCCCUCGUAUCAGAGGCCUCGUUCUCACCCUCCUGCAUGGUAUUCUCAACGUUUCUGUCGAAGUUCAUCCUUAUCUCUCUGUUUCUUUCGCAAUCUGGGCAAAAAGAUCAGCAAAAGUAAGUUAAAUAUUCAUUUUGGAGACACGUUUGGGCGUUCCCAUGGGAUACAUAACAUAUUUUCAUUGCAUUUGCAAUCCUUGUAUUUAAAUGAGUUGGGGGCGGCACCCUGGCAGAUUUCAUGAUUAGUUUUAAUUCAUUUUUGUACUCAAAUGUUUGUUUGUUUUCGGUGAGAAUGGUUUUAUAUACGUUGUAGACAAAUGUUGUACAUUGAUGGGUUGAACUACAAAUAAACUGUUAACAGAGAA